GAAGUGCUCCGGAUUUAGCAGCGAACGGUUGUCUGUGGUUUUUGGUCGCGCAUCGUUUACUUAUUUCGCUGUUCGUCGCGUUCACAAGUUCACGUCUUUACGUUCUGUGUGUGUGAGAGUGACAGAGAGAGGGGACUACACGCACCCACGCAGCAUUAGCAGCAGCAGAAGCAGCGGCAGAAGUAGAAGCAGAACCUAGUGACAUAUAGCACCAGUGUAGCAUCUAGCUCAGUUAGCAGCAGAGAGUCAAAGGCAAAAUGUCGAAGCCACAAUCGGACGCGGAUCGCAGGAAGCAGAUUUCGGUGCGCGGCAUCGCUGAGGUGGGCAACGUAACCGAGGUGAAGAAGAACUUCAAUCGCCACUUGCAUUACACUCUGGUCAAGGAUCGCAAUGUGUCCACGCUGCGUGAUUACUACUUUGCUCUGGCCAACACCGUCAAGGACAACAUGGUCGGUCGCUGGAUUCGCACACAGCAGCACUACUAUGAGAAGGAUCCCAAGCGCGUCUACUAUCUGUCGCUGGAGUACUACAUGGGCAGAUCGUUGACCAACACCAUGAUCAACUUGGGCAUCCAGAGCGAGUGCGAGGAGGCCAUGUACCAGCUGGGUCUGGACAUUGAGAACCUUGAGGAGAUGGAGGAGGACGCUGGUCUGGGCAACGGUGGUCUCGGUCGCUUGGCCGCCUGUUUCCUCGACUCGAUGGCCACUCUGGGUCUGGCCGCUUAUGGUUAUGGCAUCCGUUAUGAGUACGGCAUCUUCGCCCAGAAGAUUAAGAACGGUGAGCAGGUGGAGGAGCCCGAUGAUUGGUUGCGCUAUGGCAACCCAUGGGAGAAGGCACGUCCCGAAUUCAUGUUGCCCAUCAACUUUUACGGACGUGUGAUUGAUACACCCGAGGGCAAGAAGUGGGUGGACACCCAGAAGGUCUACGCCAUGCCCUACGAUAAUCCCAUUCCCGGUUACGCCAACAACCAUGUGAACACGCUGCGUCUGUGGUCCGCCAAGUCGCCCAUCGACUUUAACCUGAAGUUCUUCAACGAUGGUGACUACAUUCAGGCCGUGCUCGACCGCAACUUGGCCGAGAACAUCUCGCGUGUGCUGUAUCCCAACGACAACUUCUUCGAGGGCAAGGAACUGCGUCUCAAGCAGGAGUACUUCAUGUGCGCUGCCACCCUCCAGGAUAUCAUUCGUCGCUACAAGGCCUCCAAGUUUGGCUCUCGCGAAGCCGUCCGCAACACCUUCGAUCACUUCCCCGACAAGGUCGCUAUCCAGCUGAACGAUACGCAUCCCUCGUUGGCCAUCCCCGAGUUGAUGCGCAUCCUCGUCGACGAGGAGCACCUGGAGUGGGAGAAAGCCUGGGACAUUACAGUGCGCGCUUGCGCCUACACCAAUCACACUGUGCUGCCUGAGGCUCUGGAGCGUUGGCCCGUCUCCAUGCUGGAGUCGAUUCUGCCCCGCCAUUUGCAGAUCAUCUAUCAGAUUAAUUUCCUGCACAUGGAGAAUGUGAAGAAGAAGUUCCCCGAGGAUCUGGAUCGCAUGCGUCGCAUGUCGCUGGUCGAGGAGGAUGGCGAGAAGCGCAUCAACAUGGCCCAUUUGUCGAUUGUCGGUUCUCAUGCCGUCAACGGUGUCGCCGCCAUUCACUCGCAGAUCCUCAAGGAUUCUCUGUUCCAUGACUUCUACGAAAUGGAUCCCAAGAAGUUCCAGAACAAGACUAACGGCAUUACACCACGUCGUUGGUUGCUGCUCUGCAAUCCUGGACUUUCCGAUUUGAUCGCCGAGAAGAUCGGUGACGAGUGGCCCGUGCAUUUGGAUCAGCUGGUUGCCUUGAAGAAGUGGGCCAAGGACCCCAACUUCCAGCGCAAUGUGGCUCGCGUCAAGCAGGAGAACAAAUUGAAAUUGGCCGCCAUUCUGGAGAAGGACUAUGGCGUUAAGGUGAACCCCGCCUCCAUGUUCGACAUCCAAGUGAAGCGUAUCCAUGAGUACAAGCGCCAGCUUCUGAACUGCCUGCACAUCAUCACACUGUACAACCGCAUCAAGAAGGAUCCCACAGCCAACUUCACGCCACGCACCAUCAUGAUCGGUGGCAAGGCUGCUCCUGGCUACUAUGUGGCCAAGCAGAUCAUUAAGCUGAUCUGUGCCGUCGGCAAUGUGGUCAACAACGAUCCCAUUGUUGGUGACAAACUGAAGGUCAUCUUCCUGGAGAACUACCGCGUUACGCUGGCCGAGAAGAUUAUGCCCGCCGCCGAUCUGUCCGAGCAGAUCUCCACAGCCGGUACCGAGGCUUCGGGCACUGGCAACAUGAAGUUCCAGCUGAAUGGUGCCCUCACCAUUGGCACCCUGGACGGCGCUAAUGUGGAAAUGGCCGAGGAGAUGGGCUUGGAUAACAUUUUCAUCUUCGGCAUGACCGUCGAGGAGGUGGAAGCCCUCAAGAAGAAGGGCUACAAUGCCUACGACUACUACAACGCCAAUCCCGAGGUCAAGCAGGUGAUCGAUCAGAUCCAGGGCGGUUUCUUCAGCCCCGGCAAUCCCAACGAGUUCAAGAACAUUGCUGACAUCCUUCUCAAAUACGAUCACUACUACUUGCUGGCUGAUUACGAUGCGUACAUCAAGGCGCAGGAUCUGGUCUCCAAGACCUACCAGAACCAAGCCAAGUGGCUGGAGAUGUCCAUCAACAACAUUGCAUCGAGCGGCAAGUUCUCAUCGGAUCGCACCAUUGCCGAGUAUGCACGCGAGAUCUGGGGCGUGGAACCUACCUGGGAGAAGCUGCCCGCACCCGAGGAUCAGCAAUAAAUCAAUUAACAACAACAAGAAUAACUUCUUUUUUGAUAUUAUAUUUUAUUAUUCGUGUGUGCUUUACUUUUGUUAAAGUCCAAUGUUAGGAGCCAAAAUGCAACAACUAACAACUAAAAACUAUAUAAAAAGAGAGAGUUUAAGCUAGCGCUAAGAUGUGAACAUCGAUCGAUCGGGCUCAUUGUUAAAUACUACAUAUUUUAUUUAAUAAAAUUUAAACAAAUCCAA